CACCUUUUGGGAUGUAUCACAAACCUUCACCCAGUUACGACAGCUCAAUAUGCGCCGGGUAGGCUCAGUCACCGUAAAGCUAUGGAGGACGGUACCGGUGCUCACACAGCAGAAUGAAAAGAAGUAUUUGCAGGUUGCCACUGUUUUGGAAAAUCUAUCUUCCAACGAUAGCCGGACUGAUCUUGUACAAUGAAUAUCUCAUCCAUAUGUACCACAGCUUUCAGUGGGCUGAACUGCAAUGUGAAACUGACAGCUGUGUUAAGAUACUUUUCGUCGCUGAUCCACAAAUUUUGGGCAACACAUUCGACAAGAAGCUUUACUGGCCUAUAGCCAAUUUCGACUCGGAUCGGCACCUAAAACGGACGUACAAAAGAGUGGUUCAACACACCACACCGGAUGUAAUUUGCUUUCUGGGCGAUCUCAUGGAUGAAGGUAGUGUAGCGAAUGAUGUACAGUAUGCGGCUUAUUUCACACGGUUCGUCAACAUAUUCUCCCAACCGACGGCCAAUACCGUUAUGAUCUACAUUCCCGGCGACAAUGAUAUUGGUGGUGAAGGAUUGGAAACCGUAAAGUCCGAUCGAGUGUUGCGGUUUAAGCAAUAUUUUAACGAACAAGACGAAGCAACAGUAGAACCUAUCUUACGAUUCCUUAAUGUAAAUCGCAUCAGCAUGACACUUCCGCUGCACAACGCACCCAGCACGGAGGAACCACAGCCGUAUACCGUGCUUUUGAGCCACAUGCCAAUACUACGUUGGGCAGACCCUUUUACUUAUAAGGUAAUCGAUGAUUUGCAGCCGAAUGUGAUUUUUUCCGCACACGAACAUAAAUCCCUCUACGUUAAGACGCACCGUAAUCAACUGGCACAGGGUGCCUCCUUUAUACCAUUGAACACCGAACGAGGUAGUCGCCACGAAGUUUUGGAGUUCAAUCUAGACUAUUUGAAGGAUACGCGGGAAUUGCUAGAGUUUAUCGUGCCGACAUGUUCGUACAGGAUGGGUGAAAUGAAGAUAGGGUACGGGUACGCCAUGUUCGAUGGUGAUAAGCUCAAGUAUACCGUACUGUGGACAUCACAACGGUUUUACCAGCUUGCAGUAUACUCCAUGAUGCUCAUACCACUAAAAUUGGUAUGUGGACAAUUUUGGUGCGGCUUCUUAAAACGAUACUGGUGCUGCUGUCGUAGACGCAAUCGCCAUUAUUCACCGCUACCGCUAGCGUGA